AACACAAAAAUGACAAGAAUCGUCAUUACAAACUUUGCUAUUGUCCUGUUUUGCAUCUUCUUGUUCUCUCUUCAAACCAUAUCCCAAUCUGCACAAAUGAGCUCUGGUUGCGACCAGGUACCCGACAAUUUCACUAAAUCUAGCUUUUAUCAAUCAAACCUUGAAAAUGUCCUCUCCACCCUUCGCGACCUUUCCUCCCACGGAAGCUAUGGUAACGCUACAGCCGGUACUCUUAGCCCCAACACAGUCUAUGGCAUGUUCCUCUGCAGAGGAGACAUCAGUCGAGCAUCCUGUUCCAACUGUGUCCACUCCGCAACGUUGAGCAUGGCUGAAACUUGCAAGUCUCGUAAAGGAACGUUCGUGUUCUAUAACGAAUGUAUGGUUCGGUACUCAAACUUUUCUUUCUUCACACUCGUCGAAGAUGAACCUGUCUUCGGUAGAUUCUCUGAGUUCAGUUCUUCGAGUUAUCCUAAGGUUUCCAAUCAAACAAUUAGUGGUAAAAUAAACGAGCUUAUCCCCAGAGCCUCCUCAUCAUCACCGGUUCCAUAUUUUGUGGAGGAUCAAGAACAUGUGACUCAAGUGGAAAGUUCGUAUGAUUUAAAGGCAACAGUCCAGUGUAGUCCUGAUCUUGAUCCACGAAACUGCACCGUGUGCUUGAGACUUGCAGCCCAAUUUUUUGACUGCUGCGGCUUAGCUAGUUUGGAAUUUGCUCAGAUAAACUAUCCUAAAUGUCUUGUCAACUACAAGAUCUCUGCUUCGCAGUCUCUCCGCGUUAUAAAUGGAAGUGAAAUAUUAGGGAGAAUGUUUCUUGCAAUCAUGACAGCUUUGGUGUUAGCACUAACGGGUUUGUGAUCAAAUCUAGUUUGUAACUAAAUGAGAUUUAUCUUCGUGUUCUCUAAACUUGGGUGGCGUGCGAUGUGUUGCCAAUUUGGGUGACGUACGAUGUGUUGUAAUGUCACAUAUUGUA